UCUGAGUCGAGCAAGUGUCGGCUGACAGGAGUCAAUUCUACAACCAUCAGAAGAUAGCCGCACUCUGUAAGUUACGCACUUUACACUGCUAAGCGUUGUCAACGAAAUGGCAGAAAAGACGCCGUUGCUCGCCACCCGAUUGGCCCGAUCAGUGAGUGCGGACUUCGCCGAAAUGGCCCUGGCUGACAUAUCAGAGGGAAAAACUGCUCUAGACGAGAGAUGUGAUUUCCUUCUAACGAAGCUCGACGCCUUCAUCCAAAUAAUCAGCAUAGUUGGGAAUAAUACGGAAUUCCUCUCUAUGAAUCUACCAAAGGUCGAGGCGGCUCGGGAGAGUCUCAAAGAGGUUUACGCACAAAUCGAUCAGUUGGACGCUCUCGUGUCCGAAGUGAAGUCGAGCGUUCAAAGUAUGGAACAGAAAGUUGAAGAGGCAGAGAAACAAUUCACGACUUCUUAUCAGAUGAAAUUCUUCAAAGUGCUACAGAGCGCGCUCGGCGCACAAGGUGAUAACUCGAACCAAUACAGACGUCAGAUUCGUUUCGAGCCACCCGAAAUCUUCAAAACGGAAGACUUCUUCCCGAAAGAGAGAUCUCAAAACGAAUGCCAUCCUAGAUGAGCUUACGCAUGGAACUCGUUAAGGGGAUCAAGUACGAAAAUGUUGUGUAAUGUAAGAUAUCGGAAUCUCCGUGGAUGCCCGGAAGGGCUCGUAUGGGUCCCGUUUUCGGAAAUCUUGAUGCGUCUGAAGACUGGCUCCCUCGGAGUUUCGCUUAUUGUUGCAAUAAAGCCCGUGUGUCUCAA